CUAUAUUGUUUCCGAGUACUAUCAACGGUGGUUUCGACAUGAACCAUCCAACCAGAAAUCAAAGCACUUCCGUGGAAGUAACGGUGACGAAGUAAACGGCAUCAUUUUCUACAGGUCUUCCGAGCAGCUUCUUGGAAUAACUCUUUAUUGACGUUGAUGUUGACGUACAAUGACGACCAAGACUUCGGUAUUUAACUAUUAAUUACUGAUUGGCGAAUUUCCGCUGUGACUACUGGCAUGGAUUGGCGGAAAUAAAAGUAGCAGUUGAUGCUCAUUGUUUUCGAAAACCAUUCUGCAGUUUGGUAGCUUUUCUGGGUUUUCUAAGCGAAUCGUUGAGAAGAAGAUUGAAGAUGACCAUCAACCAAUUCAGCAGCGGUUUGGAAUCGGCCAACUUUGUGUUGAACUCUGAUCCGGUUGACCAGGCUUGGAAUGCAAUCGAGAAACAGAAACAGAUCAAUCCUAAUGCAGAGCCAUCUUUGUUCAGUGUAAUCCAACCAGAAAAUCCUACCAUCAUAGCUUUUGGAACUCCACCAAGCUCUCUUCAAGGACAAGAAGCCUUGGUCUCAUCAUCAAGUCUCAAAGAGGACAACUUUGCUCACUUUGAGUUUCUCUGCAACAAAACCAACAAAAAUUUCUCCAUCAAUCAAGCAACAGUCAAACUCUUCCAGUCACAAUACCAUGAACUGCUUCAACUGAAGGAGAAGCUGGUAGAGAAUAGCAAGAGCAAACCCCCUCCAUUAGUAAUCAUCACUGGACAAUCUGUGGGAGGUAGUGUGGCUACACUCUUCACUUUAUGGCUGCUGCAAGGGCUCCUCAAAUUGCCGAAUUCUAAACGGCCCCUUUGUGUUACUUUCGGUUCUCCUCUUCUUGGAGAUGAACAACUCGGGCAAUGUGUCUCAAAAUUCACAGCAUGGAAGUCUUGCUUCUUGCAUAUUGCGUCUAAUCAAGACCCUACACCUAAACUUUUUAUAUCGCGACAUCCAGGAGCUUAUAAGCCAUUUGGGACAUACCUGUUGUGCUCGGCAUCAGGUUGUGCUUGCUUGGAGGACCCAGAUAUCAUUUUGGAACAGUUGGUGAAAACCAACUCUCAAAAUCAAGGGUGCCAUUAUGGACAAAUUUUGGGUGAUCUCAAGUCUAAGGCAUUGUGUACUGUUCCCAACUGUACUGAUGCUAAGAUGGAUUCUCUUCAAGCCAGCCUUACCACACAACUUCAAGCAAUUGGAAUUCUAUCGCAGCAGCUGCCGAGUACAGAGAUCACCGCUCUGAUUCAAAGGAUGAAGAAACAUGAAACGAAGUUAUUAAUUCAAAAGAAGAAGAUUUCAGACUCGGACAAGAAGUUGAAUGAAAUGAAAGUUUUUAUGGCCUUUUUGGAGUGGUACAAGAAAGAAUCCAGACUACACAAAAUAGGAUACUAUGACAGGUACAGAAACCAGGGGAAUAUGGCUGACGUGAAUGUUAACGAGUACAAGAAAAAGCUCAUGAAUUAUUGGGAGGACACUGUCAGAGAAGUUGAGAACAGGCCCCAGAUAGAAGGAGCUCAUUUAAAGGUUAGAUGGCUUCAUGCAGGCGCAGCCUACAGAAGGAUGGUUGAGCCACUUCACAUUGCAGACUACUACAAGGAUGGUGGAAAGAACUACAAGACUGAAGGAAAAAGGCCUGAACAUUUCAUUCUGUUAGAGGAAUGGUUAAAGAAAGUAGACAAACCUGAGGCCACCCCAAGCAAAUCGAAAAGAGAAACAGUCGGGUCUAGUCUGAAUGAGGAUUCAUGUUUUUGGGCACAUGUUGAAGAAGCUCGCAUCUUAUGCGAACUGGUGAAGAACGGAUCAGCUGAAGAGAAAGCACCUGCAUUGGAAAAAUUGAAGAAGUUCGAAGAGGAUGUGUAUGCUUCCCUUAAGAAUUACGCAUUGUCUCCGGAGAUUUUCUUGGAUAAGAGCAGUUUCAUGCAGUGGUGGAAGGAGUACGAGAAAGUUGUUGAUCAGCCCUACUCCUCAUUGCUGCUGGACUUCAUGAAACAUCGCAAAUAUGAGGCGUACAAGAAAGGGGAGUUCAUCUGUGAUAAAUGAUCGCAAAGUAUGAAAUGUGUGACAAUAAAACAUGAAAAAGAUGUAACUUGUGUGGUGCCUUUUUCUUUGCUGUAAAAUGCUUUCCAUGUUUGGUGUUUCUCCUAGUUUGUUUUAUUUAUGCUGAAAUAAAUUCCAAUUGUUGCA